UCAAAUAAAAGGUGACAAGCGAAAAUAAAUACCAAAAUAGUUUAUUUUGUAAAUGAUCGGCUAACGAUUAUAAUAAAUAUAUAAAUUUCAAAAUUAGUAAUAAAAUUUAAAAAAUGAGUGACCAAGAAGAUAAGGUGCAACAGUUUAUCGGGAUAACCGGGGCUAACCCCGACAGGGCUAAAUUUUUUCUGGAAUCCGCCGCUUGGAACGUCGAGGUAGCAAUGUCUCGUUACUACGAAAACGGCGGGGACGAUGUCGAACUGGUUGAAGAGUCUCCAAUAGCACCACCGGAGACUCCCAGCCCUGUAGUAACCCCCAUUAGACCAAAACCGAAGAAAUCUUCAAAUUUCGCCACCCUAAACACUUUAGCAACGUCUAGUGACGAAGAGGAGGAGGGACAAGCGUAUUACGCCGGUGGUUCCGAGCAUAGCGGUCAACAAGUCCUAGGACCGCCGAAAAAACGUGAUAUCGUGGCCGACAUGUUUAAAUCUGUACAAGAGCAUGGAGUGGAAAUUUUAGACUCUAGUACAGGUGCCUCUGGAUCAGGUCAACAUUUUAGGGGCACUGGGUACAAGCUGGGUCACGACGAGACUUCGUCGGAAACUGUGCCGGGGUAUCAGGCCCCAGCAGAACCACAAGAAGUCACUUUGAAGUUGUGGCAGAACGGUUUCAGUGUAAACGAUGGAGAACUUAGGGAAUAUGCUGACCCAGCUAAUGCCGAAUUUUUGGGGAGCAUAAGAAGGGGUGAGAUACCACCUGAGCUGAGAAGAGGCAGGGCAGAGAUCCAUUUGGCGAUGGAGGACCACCGAGAGGAGCAAUACAAGCCUCCAAAAGUGAGGUCAAAACCUUUUCAAGGGCAUGGAUACACCCUAGGCAGCCCCGCACCAGUUAUAGUAGGUUCGUGCAGUGAAGAAGAUAAGGAGGCAAACGAGGCGCGUGCCAAAGAACAACUCAAAGUGAACCCUGCAGAACCCACAACGAGUUUACAGAUCCGUUUGGCGGACGGUACCAGACUGGUAGGACAAUUCAACCACGGACACACAGUGGGACAAAUAAGGGAGUAUAUUACAAUUGCCCGACCCCAAUAUCAGACUCAAUCCUUUAACUUAUUAUCCACUUAUCCUUCGAAGGUUUUGGAAGAUUCUGUUUCACUUAAGGAUGCCGGACUCCUAAACGCGGCCAUAAUGCAAAAAUUAACUUAAAUAGGGGGGGAAUGAAUGAAUGAUUGAUUUGAUAAAUAAUCUGUUUUUGUAAUGACAUUUUUAGAGUACUCAAUAAUAUAUUAGUGUUAAAAAAUGUG